AUGAGUUGCACAAUUGAAAAAGCCUUGGCAGAUGCGAAAGCGCUGGUGGAGCGGCUAAGGGAACAUGACAACGCAGCAGAAGCUCUUAUUGAACAGACUACAGCUCUUAACAAGCGGGUUGAAGCAAUGAAACAGUACCAAGAAGAAAUUCAAGAGCUCAAUGAAGUAGCUAGACAUCGUCCUCGGUCUACGUUAGUGAUGGGUAUCCAACAAGAAAACAGACAGAUCAGGGAACUGCAACAGGAAAAUAAAGAACUACGCACAUCUCUUGAAGAACAUCAGUCUGCUUUGGAACUCAUAAUGAGCAAGUACAGAGAACAGAUGUUUAGAUUGCUUAUGGCAAGCAAAAAGGACGAUCCAAGUAUAAUAAUGAAGUUAAAAACUGAACAUUCCAAGGAGCUGCAGGUGCAUGUGGACCAAAUUACAGAAAUGGCAGCAGUCAUGAGAAAAGCCAUUGAAAUUGAUGAAAAGCAUGGCUGUAAAGAGCAGGAACGUAUCAUUCAGCUUGAGCAAGAAAACAAAGGCUUGAGAGAAAUUCUUCAAAUAACUAGAGAAUCGUUCCUGAACCUCAAGAAAGAAGAUGCAUCAGAGAGUACGUCUCUGUCAGGAUUAGUAACAAGCAGUGAUUUGAGCCUGAGGAAAAGCUGAAGACUGUGGAAGUCAACAAGCUUCAAUUGCACACUUUACAAACGGAGUAUCAGGGGUCACUUGUCAAGCACUUGUUACUGAAUAGGGCACCAGCAAGCUAAUGCAUCUUAAACUCCAGUUUAGUGGCUUUUAUACCGCAUAGAAGAAAUUAGAAUUGGUAUUCUGCAAAACCUUAGUGACGGAUUAAUUGCCAUAGAUCUAACUUCAGUAGGAAAUGGAUUAAUGCACUUACUGAAUUGGGAAUUAUUUUUAUAUGAAGUCAUUUUACAGAUAAAAGACAAGAUUUCACAUAAUUUAUAUAAAUUAUUGCUCAUACAAAGUUUCGGUGCAUCUAUUACAUAAUCAAGGUAAGAUUUAAAGUCUGAUCUCUGGCUAAAAAGUAAAAAAACUUAUGAAUUUGCUUUGUGCAUGAUCCACGUUACGUUUUUUCCUUGUAGUAAGUUUUUAAUAAGUUCUCAUUUUGCAACAAACCUGUUUAAUGGAAGGGGUCCAUAGGCAGCAUAAAACUUAAGGAUUUCAAUUAUUUAGCCACGGGGUAGCCUGUUCAAAUAUAAGGCAAAUUGUUUAAACAUAAGCAAUGCUUUUGCAGUUGUUCAAUGUUUAUUUUAAAUUGAACAAGAUUCUUUCAAAUGUGUGUACUUAAUUGUAUUUUCAAAACAUGGAGAGCUGCUCCCACUUUAUUGUUUUCUGGAACACAGGUAGCAUAGUAUCAUUCUGCCUUAGCUUUUAAUUUUAUGAGAAAACCAGGCUCAGUUCUCUAUGGGUAAGAAGCCACAUUAGUCCCAUCUAUUUCUUCUCCGAUUGCCUGCCCAAACUUCCUAACUGGGAAAUGGCAAUUUGAAAGCACCCAAACAGCAGCAGCAGAAAGGUGGUUGGGGGAAGGAGGGAGGAGCUCUACGGCAAAGUUGGCAGCCUGCACGCCUGCAAUCAAUACUCUUUCCUUUUUCUUUAAGCACUGGUCAUCAAGAAGGUUUUUAGGUAAGUUUCAGGUACAUGUUAACGUUUGCACUAGGAAAAGUUUCGAUAUGCUGUAUUGACAAAUAGACUGCUUGCUUUUAAUGCUGAAAUACUUGCAGAAGUGAAAAGGAAUUGGCUUUUCUAGAUCAAAAAGUGCAGCUUAUAUCAUAUGCAGGUACAGUGGAAGUGCUACACAAGACAGGCAAAAGACAGUAAAGAGGUACCGAAAUAAUUCAUAUUUGGCUUUUGUUUGUCAUACUAUCGCUUCUUGGUCAAAGCAGCAAGAACAUUCCUAGCAUUCAUGUGUAUCAUCGCUUUUUGUCCAGCAUGUUAAUGUAUUCUUUACUUGGAAUGCAUACUCAAAGAAACAGAGGGAAAGCUUGCAACCACAGAAAAUUGUAGAUCUACAAAUGCCACCCACAGUUGAGUAUUUUGGCUGUUUAAUAACUCGCCUAGCAAAAGGAGUUGAACUCCUAUUCUGAAAUCAACUAUUACUUAAUCAAAUUUGAUUUUUGGUUACAACAAUGGAAAAAGAAUUAAGCAUCAAGCACAUCUAAGCG